GCAACAUUACAUUGACAGAUAAGGAAGAAACUGAUUGAACCAAACUGGGUAACACUGUGUCAGGUCCGUGGGGGUGUCCAUCUAUAAGUUACUGUUGCCACUCUAAUAGAUGUGGUGAAGGCCAUGACAGGCACUGUCUUCUAAAGGAAUAUUCAUAUCCAGCUGCUAUGAGUGCCUCUAACCCAUCACAAAACGAUGGCUGUCUGGAGGAGCCAAGGGGAUACUACUGCUCAAUAUGUUACCAUGGCUACAAGAGAGACGGGCAGUAUGUCCCAAGAAAUCUCAACUGUGGACACACUUUUUGUACCGAAUGUCUCAAGAAACUGAGUGUAGUUCAGCGGGCUGGUAUUAUCACAUGUCCAACAUGUAAGGCUGCAACUGUUCUAGGUUUUGCUAAUGAUACCAGGAAGCUACCUAAGAACUAUGCAUUGUUGGAAAUCUUGGAAGGAUUAGAGGAAGCUGCAGUAUCUGCCGGCAAAGGAGCAAGUCUAGUCCCUCCUCCAUCAUCUCAGGCAUCCGAGGAUGAGGAAACAUCAUUACAAAAUAAUCCUGAAUUAUUUUGCCAGAGUCAUGAAAAAGAACCCAAGAAAGUAUACUGUAUCACUGAUAAACAAAAAAUCUGUAUUUAUUGUCAAGUAUAUGGUAGUCACCAAGGACACGAAUGUCAGCUACUGUCAGUAGUAGCUGAUGAAAAACGAAAGAAUGUGUCCAGUUUAGCUGAAACACUGUCUAAGCAACAUGAUCGCUUCUGUGAAAAAAGAAAACAGUUAUCCAAUGCCGGCUAUGCUAUUAGAUUCCGAGAAGAAAAACUAAUGAGAGAGGUCACUCGUCACUUUGAGAUGCUGAGAAAAAAAUUAUAUAGACGAGAACUGCAUUUGAAGUCUUUGAUAAAAAACAAAACUAAUGGUAAAAUGGAAGUACUUGAAGGAAAGAGAAAAAAAUGUUCUGAGUUUAUUGUUACAAUAGAGGCUGCACGUUCAUCAUGUCAAAGUGUACAGAGUUUAUCAGACCAUGAAGUAUUGGAGGUCAAGGAAGUAUUGCAGGAGAAAGUAAGGAAACUAACAGAUGAUGCCAAUAGCUACAGUGUGCAAGCCACUGUUGAAGAUGAUCUGUUUUGUCAGUUAGACUUGACCUUGUCAGAUACUAUUAUGCAGUAUGGUGUGGUGGGAGAAGACUCUGGAAAGGCUGCUGCCCUGUAUAAUGGUAGUAGUAGUAGUGGAGACAGUACAGAGGGAGCUAGUGGUGGUAGCAGUACUAGUAGUAGUUCAACUCCAGAAACUAGCAGUACAGAAGAAAGUAACCAUGAUGUGAACAGAUAUCAACUCCCAACAAGAACAAACAAAUCUUUGACAGCAUGA